ACACACACACACCCCGCCGCGGGGCCGCGCUUCCGUCGCGGCGGCUGUGACGCGUGCGGGGGGCGCCGGGGCCGUCCGGCGGGCGGGCGGGCGGUGGGCGAGCGAUGGCGGAGUACCUGGCCUCCAUCUUCGGCACCGAGAAGGACAAAGUCAACUGUUCAUUUUAUUUCAAAAUUGGAGCUUGUCGUCAUGGAGACAGAUGUUCUCGGUUGCACAACAAACCAACAUUUAGCCAGGAAGCGAUGCUGUUGUAAGCUUGCCUGUAGUAGAGACCAACCAGUGCUAACUUUCAGACAACUUGAUUUUAAGAAGAACGGUACAAAUACCAUCUUGAUUCAAAACAUCUAUCGUAACCCCCAAAACAGUGCACAGACGGCUGACGGCUCACACUGUGCAGUGAGUGAUGUUGAGAUGCAGGAACAUUAUGAUGAAUUCUUUGAGGAGGUCUUCACAGAAAUGGAAGAAAAAUACGGCGAGGUUGAAGAGAUGAACGUUUGUGAUAACCUUGGAGACCAUCUAGUUGGAAACGUAUACGUAAAGUUUCGCCGUGAAGAAGAUGCAGAAAAGGCUGUGAUUGACCUGAACAAUCGCUGGUUUAAUGGACAGCCCAUUCAUGCUGAGCUUUCACCUGUGACCGACUUCAGAGAGGCCUGUUGCCGUCAAUAUGAAAUGGGGGAGUGUACACGAGGAGGUUUCUGCAACUUCAUGCAUUUGAAGCCCAUUUCUCGAGAGUUGAGACGCGAGUUGUAUGGGCGUCGUCGUAAAAAUGAAGGGCUUCAAGUGACCAACUUAGAACAAAGGAAUGAGUCUGUAAAACAACUGAAGUUAUGGUUCUGUCGGGCAUAUCUGUGGAUGAAUUCAGGACCUGGCAUAGAUCCAGGUCGAGGUCCCGUGAACGUCGGUCUAGAUCCAGAGAUCGUGGUCGUGGAGGUGGUGGUGGUGGAGGAGGAGGACGCGAACGCGAUAGGAGGCGGUCAAGAGAUCGUGAAAGAUCCGGUCGAUUCUGAGCCAUGCCAUUUUUACUGUAUGUCUGCUAGAAAGUGUUGUAGUUUGACCAAACAAGUUCAUAAUGAGAUUUUUUUUAAAGAUGGGCUUCUGAAUAAAAAUUUGUAGUGAUACAGUAUUCUUUGUGUAACUUGUUUCUUGUGGGGGGAGUCUUUUUAACUGUCAUUCCUCUAUCUUGACAAAUACCUGGAUUAAUACUAUGCCUGAGGGAAAGGUGGUAAAUGUAUUGGAGGAGCGCCAGUUUUUUGGUUUUUUAUUUUUAUUUUUUAUUUGGGUAUGAUUUGAACUGUUGAUGAAAAUGUGUGUGUAUAUAAUAUAAAAUAUUAUAUACAUAGUAAAAAUAAUAUACUGCUUAAGAAACAGUUACAUAAGUUUCCCUUUUCUGCUAUGCUGUCUGCUUAUUUAGGUUAGUUUAGGCACAUUUAAAAGGAAGGCUGUGCGAAGUGCAUUUAUUUACCAAGUAGAUAUGCUUAGUUACAAAAAUGUAUGUUUGUUUGUUACCAGAAGUCUGUGCUCUGUCUAUCAAUGUGACUGUGGCAUUUACAAUAAAUCCAGUUUCUUGGUGUAAAAUCUAAAGCCUAUUUUCUAAGCGCUCUGGAGUAGUUGAGUUGCUACUCCUGGCAGUGACAGAGUUGAUAGUUCAGGGUUUUUUUUUUUAUGAUUCUUGACUAAAUUACUUGUCUUGGCUAGAAAGUUACCUAGUGCAGCGUGUGUUGGGGGGAAAAAACAACAACAAUGUUUUUAUCGCAGUGAUUCCUAACAGGCCAAGUACGUUUCUUAAAAACUCAUGUUCCAUGCAACAGGAUACAUAGGAGCUAUUGAAGGAAAUAAAAGGUCCUAAAUACGAGGACCAAAUUGCUUAACAGACUGAAUUUUUUUCACUCUCUGUUCUCCUAGCUGUUGUUUAACAAAAAGCACUUCACUAGUGUGCGAGAUGAUAGCAAACUAUCAUGCUAGUGGAAAAUAUUUUUUUCUAGCUUUAUUUUUCAUGAGGUCUGAGGUGUGAUAAAAGAUAAUGGACAGAUGGCAGUUUCCUCAGAAAAAAAAAGACUUCUUCCAUUGAAUUGCACAAUAGCUAUAUUUCAUAGGCGGUGUCUCCCUUAAGGAGUUAAAGCUGUAAUUGAAAUGUUGCUGAAACAUCUCUAGAGACUGUUUGUACAAUGGCUGACUUUAAAUCCAUUCAUGUCUGCUUUUAUUCAGUUUGUGACAUUGCAUGGAAUUUUGGUCAUAUUUCUGCAAGAUACACUUCACAUACACAAAACUACCUAAUACAAUAUAGUUUUCCAACAUGAGAGAAAUUUACUAGUGCUUCUUUAACUCUCAAUCUAAUAACUUGCUAAGUGAUAGAUCUUCUUGGUUAAUUAAAAAAAAAAAAAAGAAAAAAAAGAAAGGAUAUGGAAGU